AUGGGGAAGUCUCGUGUUGCACCACUGAAACAAAUCACUAUUCCACGCAUGGAAUUGACUGCGGCAGUGGUCGCUGUGAACAUCGACAAGAUGUUAAAAUAUGAACUGGAAAUGGAAUUACUGGACUCUGUAUUUUGGACUGACAGCACAACUGUUUUGAGGUAUAUUGAAAACGAAAAACUUCGUUUCAAAACCUUUGUUGCCAAUAGAAUUGCCAUCAUAAGAGAUUCAACCAAAUUACAACAGUGGAGGUAUAUCAGUACCUCACAGAAUCCAGCUGAUCCUGCAUCCAGGGGACUUUGUUGUGAAAAAUUCAUGAAAAGCACAAACUGGAUUGAAGGUCCCUCCUUUCUCAAAGAUUCAGAAAGUAACUGGCCUGAGAACAUUUGUGACCUGUCAGUAAGAGAUGAUGACAUUGAGGUUAAACACUCUGGCUCAGUUAAUCUGGUGAGUGCUACAGAAAGCACAGAUGCUGUAUGUGAACUGCUUAGUUAUUACUCUGACUGGUACAAGUUGAAAAGAGCUGUAGCCUGGAUUCUUCGGGUCAAAGACAUGCUUAUGCAAAAAACAAAAAAGGUUAAAGCAGACGAAUCUGAUCACAUAGCAGAUACUUGCAAGUCUCUAUCAACGCAGGACUUAUCAAGAGCAGAAAUUGAGAUCAUCAAAUUCAUUCAGGGUCGAGAAUUCAAGGAAGAACUGGUCACUUUGCAGAAAGUUUCUGUCCAGGUGCGUGACAUGCAGAAAAUUCAGAGCAAAGGCUGGCGAGCAAAAGAUGUCAGAACUACCACGUGA